AUGGCACCCAGUGCACCCGCUCCUUUCUCCGAACCCCUCCUCUUUCAGCUCGAUCUCCCGGCUAACCCAUACUAUACUGAGAAACACCACCGCCUACGAGCCGUCGUUCGCAACUAUGUAGACAGCGAACUGGCUCCGUACGCGCAAGAGUGGGAGAUUGCCGGUGAGGUCCCGGACAGCGUGCGUCGACGAUACUGCCAACUGGGUUUCUCAGUCGUGCAGCCUGUGGUUGACCCGGCAGACGCCGGGGGAGUCUCUCUUCCUGCCGGAAUCGCCUACGAGGAAUGGGACACGUGGUGUUCCGUCAUCGUCGGCGACGAGCUCAGUCGGCUAGGCUGGUGUGGGCCUGUCUGGGGUCUCAACGGCGGCAACGCAAUCGGAUGUCCUCCGAUCAGCAGAUUCGGGACGAACGAGCAGAGACAGCAAUGGCUGCCCAAAGUGGCCAGAGGAGAGUUGAGGUUCUGUCUGGGCAUCACGGAGCCGGAUGGAGGCAGCGAUGUCGCCAACAUCAAGACCACCGCGGACCGUCGAGGCGAUCGGUACGUCGUCAACGGGUCGAAGAAAUGGAUCACCAACGGUAUCUGGUGUGACUAUUGCACAGCUGCCGUACGAACAGGUGGGCCAGGUCACGGUGGAAUCAGCCUGCUGGUUGUGCCGUUGAAAGCCAAGGGCGUCACGACCAGAAGAAUGGAGAAUCAGGGCGUGCAUGCGAGCGGAUCGACCUUCAUCACCUUCGAAGACGUCCAAGUCCCUGUCUCCAACCUGAUCGGCUGCGAAAACCAUGGCUUCCAACUAACUAUGUCCAAUUUCAACCCGGAACGUCUCGCCCUGGCCACCGCUGCUCUCCGCCUGGCUCGGGUUUGCGCCCAGGACGCCUACACCUACGCCUGCGAGCGCGAGACAUUCGGCAAGCCCCUGAUCGAGCACGCCACGAUCAAGACCAAAAUCGCCACGUUCGGCCUUUUGAUCGAGCCUGCUCACGCUUUCCUCGAGCAAUUGUGCUAUAUCAUCGAAAGUGCCCGUGUCGCGGGUAAGGGCAAGGAAAAGGAACUCAAUGUCGGCGGCAUGACCGCUCUCCUGAAGGUCAUGAGCACCCGCUGUCUUGAACGCGUGUGUCGCGAGGCCCAACAGAUCAUGGGCGGCGCAGGGUACUCCAAGACCGGCCGUGGCGCGCGCAUCGAGCAGAUCAGUCGGGAUGUUAGGGUCCAUGUUGUCGGUGGCGGGAGCGAGGAGAUCAUGCUGGAUUUGGCGGUUAGGCAGGAGGCGAGGGAUGUCAUGGUUAGGGCGGCGAGACGUGCUACGGCGGCGUCCAGCUCGAAGCUAUGA